AUGUUGAUAAGGAAAUUUACUUCCUGGUUGUUGAUAAGUAUAGAUUUAAAUGUCUGUGGUGUACAAAAAGUAUUUUGCCACAGCAGUGGAGAGUGGCCACAUAAUGGAUUUGAACUGAACACCACUGCCACCCAGUUUGUGGUGAACUUGACCCUUACUGACAGUGGACUUGAACAGUUUGAGGAAGUUCUGCUGGCAGUUUUCCAGUACAUAUACUUACUUAAGAGUAAAGGACCACUGAAGCAGUACUUUGAUGAGAUGAAGAUAGUGGAGGAAACCAAAUUUAGAUUUAAAGAAAAGGGAGAUGCAAUGGAUUAUGUGGAGAAAGUCUCAGAAAACAUGCAGAUAUUUUCCCCAGAGGAUGUUUUAACUGGCAGAGAUUUAAUGUAUGAAUAUGACCCAGAGCUGAUUGUUAAGUGUCUGGCAGAUCUAAGGGGAGACAACUGUUGUAUUUUUCUGUCGUCCAAACAACUGUCAGAUAAAUGUGACAGACAAGAUAUCAAAUGGAGUCCUGUGAGGUAUGGAGUGGCAGAAAUCAAACCUGAAUGGAUUCAAAAAUGGCAAACUCCACCUAAAAAUCCUGACCUUUGCUUAUCACAACCAAACAAAUCAAAAGUAUCUAUGUUCCAGUGUAUGUUAAUAUGUUCAUUCUGUUUCACAGCUACAGAUUUUACAAUAGCAGAGGUGGAAGCAAAGUAUUGUACAAAGCAUCCUAUAACUCUGUCAGAAAAUGAGUUGUGUACAUUGUACUACAAGAAAGAUAUGAAAUUCAAAGUUCCAAAAGCUUAUGUGUGUGUUCAGUUGAUGUCACCAAUGGCCAGCCAAUCAGUGAAGAACCAAGGCCUGCUGAAAAUAUUCGAGGCUGUGAUGAGCCAUAAAUUGGAUGCCCCCACAUAUCCUGCUAUCAUGGCUGGCUUUGACUACUCAAUCAAUGUGGAUGAUACAGGACUUAAAUUCAAAGUGAAUGGAUUUAACCAGAAAUUGCCUGAGCUGUUUGAUCUACUUCUGACAGCUGUUUUUGACUAUGCCUGCAAUGAUGAGUUGUUUCCCAUCAUGAGACAUAAAGUGAAGAGGGAGAUUUUUAAUGCCAUCAUCAGACCAUUUGAACUUGUCAGAAUCCUACGAUUUUCUGUGAUAGAUCCCCAUGGCCACUACAGGCCCGCACCUGAAAUAUACAGUAUAAUUGAUAGUUUGACCAAUGAGGAUCUUCGACACUUCCUAACAGAGUUCAGACAGAGUAUAAAAGCAGACAUCUUAGUGGUUGGCAAUGUUACACCCAAGGUAAAUCUGAGGAAGAUGAGGUGGCAACUUGGUAUAAAGAGAGUGGAAUCAAAAUUAUGUGGAAAAGUGGAACCUUCUAAAAUGUACCAGAGAAUAUUGUACCAGCUUCCUAAACAGUGGAGUUACUGCCAGACAAACAGCUUUAACAUGGAGGAUGCCAACUCUAGCAUCACUGUGUACCUCCAGUCUGACCCCGGGGAUAUCAGGUCAACUGUCAUUAACGAACUCUUAGAUGUAACUGUCAUAAGCUUCUCUAAAGAUUUAGUCAGAGUGGAGUCUCUGAUAGCAGCCAAGCUUACAGAGGACACACAGUUAGAGGAGGAAGUCAACAGAUACUGGGGGGAGUGCAAGGAACAAAACUACGUGUUUGACCGACUAGAGAAAGAGGUCUUUAUUACACACUGUAGCUGUACUGAGGAUAUUAACAGAAGACCCGCGGAACUGGUACAAACAGUAUCUGGGAGAAAACCAGAAACGGAUAAGUUUAUUUUUCAGGUUCUUGGAAACCCAGAAGUGGAGCAAGUAGAUGGGAAGAGUGAUAAAGUGGAACCUCCCCAGAAGAAAGCUAACACAGACAAAUGUAAUAGAGAACAGGGCUAUGUUGUAAGACCUGUCAAAGACUGUAACUACCCAGAUCAUCAAUGUAUCAGUGACAUACAGCACCUCAGAUCUAAACUCACAAUGUUUGACUACCACUGUAUCACAAAAUGA